CCUGCCGGCGUUGGCCGCGGACAUGACGCCUGAGGACCAGGAGGAGACCCAGCCGCUCCUGCGGCCUCUGGCGUCCCCCGCGGACGCCGCGUGUUCCUCGCCGCCUUCGCCGCUGCCCUGGGCCUGCUCGAUUUCGGCUGCGCGCUCGGAUACAGAUACCCUGCGAUACCAAGCCUGCGUCUCUCCGCACCCCUGGGCCCACUCCCUCAGCCGACGACGCCACCUCAUGGGUCGGGGUCAUACCUACCGUCUGGGAACCCCUACUGAUCACCCCGGGACUUGGAUCUGCUGGCCAUGGGCUUGGGUGACCCACCACCCACACCCCAGCCGGGUCGAGAUUGAAAGCAGUGGCGUCUACAUCUCCGAGAUUGCCUACCCUGAAGUGCGGGGGCUGCUGGGCUCCUGUGUGCAGCUGAUGGUCGUCACGGGCAUCCUCCUGGCCUAUCUGGCAGGCUGGAUCCUGGAGUGGCGCUGGCUGGCCGUGCUGGGCUGUGUGCCCCCCUCCUUCAUGCUGUUGCUCAUGUGCUGUAUGCCCGAGACCCCGCGCUUCCUGCUGACUCAGCACAAGCGCCAGGAAGCCCUGGCUGCCGUGCGGUUCCUGUGGGGCUCUGAGCAGGGCUGGGAAGAGCCCCCUGUCGGGGCUGAGCACCAGGGCUUCCAGCUGGCCCAGCUGAGGCGGCCCGGCAUCUACAAGCCCUUCGCCAUCGGCAUCUUACUCAUGGUCUUCCAGCAGCUGUCGGGGAUCAACGCUGUCAUGUUCUACGCAGAGACUAUCUUUGAGGAGGCCAAGUUCAAGGACAGCAGCCUGGCCUCCGUCAUCGUGGGCGUCAUCCAGGUGCUGUUCACGGCCGGGGCGGCCCUGGUCAUGGACAGAGCCGGGCGGCGGCUGCUCCUGGCCUUGUCAGGUGUGGUCAUGGUGUUCAGCACCAGUGCCUUUGGCACCUACUUCAAGCUGACGCAGGGUACCCCCAGCAACUCCUCACACAUCGACCUCCUGGCGCCCGUCUCCAUGGAGCCUGCCGACCCCAGUGUAGGGCUGGCCUGGUUGGCGGUGGGCAGCAUGUGCCUCUUCAUUGCUGGCUUUGCUGUGGGCUGGGGGCCCAUCCCCUGGCUCCUCAUGUCGGAGAUCUUCCCUCUGCGUGUCAAGGGCGUGGCCACCGGUGUCUGUGUCCUCACCAACUGGCUCAUGGCCUUUCUGGUGACAAAAGAGUUCAGCAGCCUCAUGGAGGUGCUCAGGCCCUAUGGUGCUUUCUGGCUCGCCUCUGCCUUCUGCGUCGGCGGUGUCCUUUUCACUGUGUUCUGUGUCCCUGAAACCAAAGGAAAGACUUUGGAGCAAAUCACAGCCCAUUUUGAGGGGCGAUGACAGUCCCUUCCCAGGAGUGGCUGCCCUCCUAGCUGGGACAGUUUGGGUUUCGGAGGGGACAGAAGCCUGCCUGUGACUUCGAGCUGGGCCUCAGCCAGAGCCCAGAGCCCCUGCCAGCCCCCAGGGAGCCAGGAGCCAGGACCUCGUCCUCCAGGUCCCUCCCUCCUGCUCAGCUCCCUACAGCCCCACGAGCCACGGGCAUGAGGUUCCCAGUACCUGGGUCCAGUUCCCACCGUUGCUCUGAGACUGAGGAGGAGGGGACAUCUCGGAGGGUCUUCAGUGCCCUGUGGCAGCCUCCAUGUGCCCUCCCUGUCGUGAUACGAAGCGACCGUGGAGGAGGGGACUCUUGGUUCCUCACUUUCUGGAGGAGGUGCUUUUGGAGGCUGGUGGUGGCCCAUGGUCUCCUCACAGGAAUGCAUUUGUUGCCAAAUAAAGACUUGACUCAGAAAGUCA